GUAAGAGGACUAGAAUUUGCAGCAGGACUGGACAGUUUAUGACUUUGAGAAGUAGGAACUCUCUGUAGCUCUGCUUAUCUGGAAUGCAUGCAGAAUGGCUUGUACUGGCUUAAUGGAAUGAGGCCCCCAGCCUUGAUCUAGAUCUUCAACUUGGGAAGAAUCAGGAAUCGAUGAAGGAGGUCUCAACUGCUACUGCCAUACUGAACGGAACAGAAUCUCUUCAUCGAUUAAUAAGGAGGCUGUGUUACCUAAUUAGGCUCAGCCACAGCUUUCUCAUCCAUGCUUUGGGUCUUCUGAGAUUGUCCGAAGCAUCAAAAGGGUUGUCCUGUCUUGCCAGAGAAGACAGUGCUGAUAUCGAAGGCCAACAAAGACUGAAAACUGGGUCAUCCAUCAGUGUUUCGAGGGCAUCCAGAGUCAUAGAUUUGGCACUGCAUCCGUGAGCCAGCCGCCAGUGAGAACAGGUGUCUGACACCCCUCCCCACCGCCUUGUCCACGGCCUCCUGGACCUGCGCCGUCCCUAAACUCUUCCAGGUCAACCCACCACCCGAUCCCCGAAUCGAAAGCACAGAACAUUUGGAGAGGGAGGAAUCAUGGAAAAGGACAUUGUAAGUCACGAGGAGGCUCUGGUGAGCCAAGCAAACAACACAGACCCGGGCACCGCAGCAGCAGAGGCAGGACCCCUGCCCGAGGCUGAGAAUCCACCUGAAGGUGCCCCAGCGGCUGCAAGUAGUGGGGUCGAUGUGGGGCAGGAAAGCACCGGGCUGGGAGAGAAUGAGGAGAUGCAGGAUAUGUCUGUUGUUAGUAUGCUUCCCAGCGUGAAGGCUGAUGGUGGCCCGUGCCCAGAGGGGGUUCUGGUUCCAGGCGAUGUGACCCCACAGGGGGCUAACCCCGAGGGAAAUGCAGGGAAGCCAGGCAGCGGGAAAAGGAGGAAUAGAAAGCGGAGCACGAUCGUCUAUCUGCCCUGGCCUCUGACACUGCAGACUCGAGCGUCUUCUGCAGCCCCCGUGCUGGGCCAGACUCGCAUCCUGGGGUCUCUGUCGCUGGCUGAUACUGAAGAGGAGGUAGUGUAUGAAACCAGUGAGCCAGGGGGGGACAAGGAGGCAGAGAACACAGCCGUUCUCUCUCAGCCUCAGGAGGCACCUGCUGAUGCCCUGUGGCCAGCAGCAAGUCCCGUUGAGCCCCCUCUUGAGGAUGCAUCCCUGGCAGCCAAUGAGGAGAUAAACAAAGGGCGGAAAAAUAGACGGAAGGGGAGAAAUAAAAAGAAUAGAAGGAUCAUGGCUAGUCCUUGGCCUCUGACGGUCCAGGCCUGGGCAUCGGUCACAGGCUCAGAUCAGGCAGAGACAGCUUCGGCACGGGAUUCAUCACUUGAUAAUGAUGGGGCCAGUGUGGAGGAGCAUAAAAGCCAGGGUCCAGAGGGUGAGGAGGAUAACCCAUCAGCCGAAGCUCUUUAUCAAAGUGCACAGGAGGAGGCCCCAGAAUCAUCUGCCCAUCUGGAGCAGGCCUCAGGAGAGGAAGGGGAGUCCCUCGCUGCGGACAGCGAGGGAGAUGGAGAGCAGAGCGGACACAAAAGGAGUACUAGCAAGGAGAAAAGUGUCUUAGCUCACCCUUGGCCUCUGACAGUACAAGCCUGGGCAUCAUUCAGAGCAGCAGAUUCAGUUCAGGCUCAGCCUCAGGAAGAAUCUUCUGCUGCAAGUAUAGGGGUGGCUGUGGGGCAGAAAAAACAGCCUCAACUGGAGAACAGUAAGGAGGAAGCAAAGUCCGCUUCUCCUUGGCCUGUAAGGGCCCAGGCUAGUGCCCCCUCCUCAGAGUCAGCUCAGAGGCAGGUUUCAUUGAAGAGGGCUCCUUCACAAGACCCCCAGUCGAAGGUGAGCCAAACCAGGAGGGGGUGCCAGGGGAGAUGUAAGGAGCAAGUUCAGGGCGAUGCAGAGCAAACUGUGGAAUCUGGUCAGGAAUGGAGAAGCACCGAGAGAUAUCCAGAGGAUCAGGACUUUUGGGAAUGCACAGUGGUGAAUUUUGCUAGGCAAGUCGACUGUCGCUAUUGUGGGGAGCUCUGCUCACAAGAGCGGAUGGAGUCUUUGACUGUGACCAAAACCCACACCCACAUGGGUACUUGAGUGAUGAGAAUGCAGGGACCAGAGAGGGAGAGGGCUGAAUCUCAGGCAGUCUAGAUAGGUAAAUGGGGAGGGUUCUGAGAUGCAGAGGAGAAAAGAAAGAGACCUAAGAUCACUUUGGGUCCUGCAAGGGCCACCAUCCACAUCUGUUGGGAGAGAGGUAUUUAAAAUGCUACAUUUGAGAAAAGGCAGGCUCAAUUUGGUAAAUUUCCCAAUUGGUAAAUUUCCCAGUGACAUGGCAAUUUUACUCUCUGGAUGGAUGGGCAAUUUCUUCCCAAAAUAAGUUUUAGGUUUCUGGAGAACUGACACACACAGGGUCACACUUCAGAGAAGCAAAAAUGCUUUUUUCUCUUCUUUCCUAUAACAUUUUCAACAUUGAUAGGAAAGGUGUGCUACCAAUAGCUGAUAAACAGUAUUAGAGUCUAGAGAGUAAACCAAUGACAUGUGUAUUGGAGCCUGAGAAUACUUGGAAAAUAGCAUUGUAUAUUGCAUAUUAGAUUGUAAACUGACUUAAUGAUUGCAUUUAGUUCUAAGACUGAUCAGUUUACAGUUGCUGAGAAUGCAGGCUCUAGAGCCACAAUGCCUGGGAUCAAAACCCGGCUUUGCCACCCACUACGCAUUGUUCCUCUGAGCAAGUUAUUCUUCCCUUCUGGGCCUCAGUCUAUCCCGUGGGGUUAAUAAUAGCACCUGAUUCAUAGAUUGCAUGAUUCAAUGAGUUAAUACAUGUGAAGCACUUAGACUAGUAUGUGGCAUAUAAUAAACCCUCAGACACUAAUCACCUAUGAUUGCUCUAACUUUCAGCACUAAAUGUCAUGAAAGGGUCUGGCACUGUGUAUUAUGUAUCUUGAAACUUAUACAAAUGGCAGUUCAUAUGUGAGACAGAAGGCAGAAGACGAUGCCUCCAUCUACAACGAUGAUAACAGAGUCUUAAAGCCACGGAGCAAAAUGCUACUCAAGGGGGAGAAGCAGACAAUAAAAUGAUAGCCAUCUUUCCGAGGUGUAGGAUCUCAACCGGGGCAGGGCAGCGUGCAGCAACAAAGGCCGGGAGAGAAUAUGCUCCUGCGUUAAUAUCUGUUACUGCGGGAGGGUGGGAUCGCACACGGGCCACCUGCCCAUGUUGCCGCCUCCUGAUCCUUUUCUGUAACUUCCAAGGGCCUACAUCAUCACGUCAUCAGCAAAUAAUCAAAUUUCAUGAAGGUGGGCAACAAGGACAGGGAGACUUCUCCUCAGUGGACUUGGAGGAGUCACCCAACGUGGGAGGCUCUCAGGGUGCUGGACAGUCCUCCCCAGGGAGGACUCCCCAGCCCCCAGCUGCUGGAAGGAGGCUCGGCCCAGGUGCCUUGGCCUGAGGCUCGGCCCACCGAGAAGCAAGGGGGAGGGACUUGCAUUUUUCUCCAACAACCUGUGGGAUCAAAGGUGGGAGCUUACUCUUCUGCUCUAACCUACCCUUGCCUGAUUUGGCAGGGACCUUGCUGCUCUGCCUGUACUGUUGCUACCACCUGCCACAUUUGUUGAAACCUUCCCUGGAAGCUUCACUGGACGAUGCAGCUGGGCCUAUGCUGAGAGUAGAGUAGACUUUUGUAGUGGCCUUUUGGAUAGUUUGGCUUUGGGGUCGAUUUAGUUAAAAUAAUAUCCUGAUGCAUCCCCUGGCAACAUCGCUGGGGUAGAGCUAUAUUCCUGGCAGGCUCUGAGGGGGACCGAAGUGCCCCUUUUAUAUGCCCUAGAUGCUCUAGCAGGCUCUUUGGGAACUUUUGGAGAAGCGUCUUUGUGAAGGGGCAGGAGGGACUUUUCUGAUGCCUGAUUAUCUUCCUGCCCCAAGGGGUCCAGCUACACUCUAAUCUCACCUGAAGGGGAGAGUUGUACCCCCUAGCUGGGCUACAUGCCUUGCUAUGAAACCCAGAGCCUUAAAGACGAGAGACUGUAUAUAUGUAUGAUUUGAGGCCUCAGAGCCUCACUACCCCCCCCCCCCCCGAGACCUCAGGGAAGGGCUCUCUGCUAUGCAUCAAGGUUAGAAUAUGGGGAAUGAAAGAACUCCAGUGAAGUGGAGCUUUGGGAGAACAGGCACAAAGGAGUCCAUGAUCUCUUUCUCCCAGGUGAGUCCUCUCCUCUACUUCUCCAACGUUAGUUGUAAAUUCCAGGCAGGAGGGCUACUCUGGGCAAGGGGAUGAGCAGGGGAAAGGGAAUAAGGAGAAGCUGGUUUCCCAGUUCUUGGGCUGGUCUAAGUGUAAAGCUAAAAGAGAGGGUAAAGGGGGUCUGGGUUCCCUUCGUUGUCCAGCUCAGCUCACCAGGGUAAGAGAGUCAAAUUGGAUUUGGAUCAGAAGCGCCGAUAACUGUAAAUAAAGAUUGCAUUUGUCUGAACCA